AUGGACGGCGACGCGUCCCGUGGCUUCUCCGGAGGCGGGCUGCCUCCCUGUCCGAUGGUGGCUCCCACGCGACGUCGCCCAUUCGUCGCGCCGCAUCCCCGUCCGACGCCGUAUUCGUCCCAAGAACGUCCUUCUCCCGGCGGUGGCGGCAAGAAUGGCUUACCUCCUCGGCUCCCCAACGAACAACCUCGACUCGGUCCUCACGCGUUGACCUUCACGGAGCCUCACGCGCGCCACAGGACGCCGCCGGCACCACAACAUCACCAAAGACACGUCUAUGAGGUUGCCGGCGACUUCAGCCCCAACCAUUGGAUGCCUGAUGACUACUCGGAACCAAGGGCUUCAAGUGCAGCAGGAAGAGGAAGAGGAUAUUUCACAACCAUAUUGACACAGGAAGCGGAUGAUGAUUUGGAAGUGCUGAGGCAGCAGGAUGCCACUCCAAGUACUGGCGGCAAAGGAUCAUCCAAGCGAGGCAGCAACUACACUAAUCUUGAGGAUAUCCAACUUUGCAAAUCUUGGAUUCAUAUCAGCAAUGACCCUAUCAUAGGGAAUAACCAGCCAGGAAAAACUUAUUGGGAGAGGAUCAGAAAUGAUUUCCAUAGCAAUAGGGACUUUGAGUCCGAUAGGACUCCCAAUUCACUCGAGCAUCGCUUUGGGAUCAUACUAAAGGAGUGCAUGAAAUUCCAAGGCUACUACGAGGAGGUCGAGCGUCGUCAUCCAAGCGGCAUUCCAUACAAAGAGCAUCUGCUUGAAGCCCAAGCAAGAAGUUUGAAUCGACACUUGAAGGCAACAAGAGGCCAGCCAAGUCCGAGAGCUCAACCCCAAGAGGGAAGUGAACAAGACGAUGAGUCAACCGCCCAAGGCCAAGAGAGCUCCUCGGUCCCUUACGCCAAGAAAGCCCGACCUCCGGGUAGAAAGCAAUCCAAAGAGAAGCUGAAAAAGAAUGAAGGAGAUGACGAGUACAAGGAUAUGAUGCAAAACUUGAUGGUAAUGAAGACCGAGGAACAUAAGAUGAAGAAAGAAAGGUGGGAGAAGGAUAUGAUGCUUGAGCAACGCAGGAUUGAGAUGGAGGAGCAGCGGCUGUAG